GAACCAAAUUAGAGAUAAUCGGCAUGCUCCUUAGGAGAUUGCAACAGUGCGUCAGCAGGGUGUGCUGGAGUCACCCUGCAGCUUCUGACUUUGGGAGGCAAGCUGGCGCUCGCUUGUUUCGCAUGGCCGCCCCGGCGUGCCAGGCAUUCACCGUGAUGACGACGCGUGACGAACACUUGGAGCUCAACAUUGCUGGACUGAAGUCACCGAUAAGACUCAACUACAUGUGGCUGCGAGAUCACUGCUACUGCGAGAAAUGUUACAGCAGGGAUACGUUUCAGAAGAAAUUUGACACACAUAGUCUUGAAAAGUCUGUAGUGCCAGAUGAAAUCUUCUUGGAGGAUGAAACACUUUGUCUUUUGUGGCCUGAUGGCCACAGAACAACGUUCCAGCUGGGUUGGCUUCUGCAAAACAGCUAUGAUGGACACAGGCAGGUGAAAGAUGUGACAAAGGUCCUCUGGGAUGCAAACCACAUAAAACAACUGAACCCAGCGAUGGUGCCGCACCGCAUGUUCAUGGACACACAAGACAGCCUCAAGCAACUGCUGCUAAACAUUAAUACAUAUGGUUUUGGAAUUGUUGAUAGCGUACCGGCCACAGAGGAAGCCACAGGGGCGGUGGCCGAGAGAGUCUGCCGCAUGCACGAAAAUAUCUAUGGCAAGCUGUGGUCAUUUAGCACGGACAUGACCCACAGCGACACCGCCUACACCAACUUGGCACUCGGCGCACACACGGACAACACCUACUUGGAAGAUUGCCCCGGUAUCCAGAUUUUCCACUGUCUGCAGCAUGAUGGUAACGGGGGUGAAACACUGCUAGUCGAUGGAUUUAACGCAGCCGAUCAACUCAGAAAG